AAUUUGUAAACAAAUGUGACUUCUCUUUGCUUAUGAGUUUUUGGCUUCAAAUUUGAUCAAAUGUGAUUAAAUAACAUGGACAGAAAAAGAGCGUUAACUGCUAAAAAACUUGAAGAAAUUGCGCGGAAAAUAAACAGUAAGAAGAAUAUUCACUGGAGCACUAGUAGAUCUUCAUUUAUUCCUUCAAAGAGUGUACCUACCGCGCAUGUUACACCUACACUGUAUCAUAACGUUCGCAUUGUGUUAAAACAAAAAUGGCAGAAGAACCCAUUACUGCCAAAUCAGGAAUUCAAGGCAUUUCCGACGAGAAGUAACAGUCUAAAAGCGCCUUUCACCAUAUCAAAUAACAGGAAAAUCCAGCAUUGUUCGCUUGAUAGAAGCAGGAACGAUGAUCCAAAUUGCCGUUUCCAGAAAUAG